CCCCCUUCCCCCCACAUCUCGGGCCUGGUCCGCCUCUGGCGUCUGUGCUGGGAUCCCAGGCGUGGUCUCUGGGCCGGGUCUAGCGACCCUCCACUUUUUUUUUUCUUACCCGGAAAAGCGGCGACCGGAGGAGCGAAGGUGGCUCUUGGGAAUUGACUCAAGCCUUCGGGGCGGUGGGGAGAGCAGCAGGAGGAUGAGCUCCCCGGGCACCGAGAGCGCAGGGAAGAGCCUGCAGUGCCGAGUGGACCACCUGCUCAGCGCCGUGGAGAGCGAGCUGCAGGCGGGUAGCGAGAAGGGCGACCCCACGGAGCGCGAGCUGCGCGUGGGCCUGGAGGAGAGCGAGUUGUGGCUGCGCUUCAAGGAGCUCACCAACGAGAUGAUCGUGACCAAGAAUGGCAGGAGGAUGUUCCCGGUGCUGAAGGUGAACGUGUCGGGGCUGGACCCCAACGCCAUGUACUCGUUCCUGCUGGACUUCGUGGCGGCGGACAACCACCGCUGGAAGUACGUGAAUGGGGAGUGGGUCCCCGGGGGCAAGCCGGAGCCGCAGGCGCCCAGCUGUGUCUACAUCCACCCGGACUCGCCCAACUUCGGAGCCCACUGGAUGAAGGCGCCAGUGUCCUUCAGCAAAGUCAAGCUCACCAACAAGCUCAACGGAGGGGGGCAGAUCAUGCUGAACUCCUUGCACAAGUACGAGCCUAGGAUUCACAUCGUGCGAGUUGGGGGGCCACAGAGAAUGAUCACCAGCCACUGCUUUCCUGAGACCCAGUUCAUAGCUGUAACUGCCUACCAGAAUGAGGAGAUCACAGCUCUUAAAAUUAAAUACAAUCCAUUUGCAAAAGCUUUCCUUGAUGCAAAGGAAAGAAGCGAUCACAAAGAUCUGACGGAGGAGCCUGGGGAUGGCCAUCAGCCGGGGUACUCCCAAUCAGGGGGGUGGCUUAUUCCGGGCACCAGCACCCUCUGCCCACCUGCCAGCUCCCACCCUCAGUUCGGAGGCACUCUCUCCCUCCCCUCCACACAUGGCUGUGAGAGGUACCCGGCCCUGAGGAACCACCGCUCAUCGCCCUACCCCAGCCCGUACGGUCAUCGGAACAAUUCUCCAACCUACACUGACAAUUCGUCAGCAUGCUUAUCCAUGCUGCAGCCCCAUGACAACUGGUCCAGUCUCGGAGUGCCGGCCCAUACCGGCAUGAUCCCCAUGAGCCACAGUGCCAGCUCACCUACUGGCUCCAGCCAGUACCCUAGCCUGUGGUCUGUGAGCAAUGGCACAAUCUCUCCAGGCUCCCAGACAGCCGGAGUGUCCAACGGGCUGGGAGCCCAGUUCUUUCGAGGCUCCCCAGCACACUACGCACCCCUGACCCACGCUGCCACGACCUCUGCUUCCCCACUGUACGAAGGAGCUGCCACAGUCACAGACAUUCCUGACAGCCAGUAUGACGCCUCGGCCCAAGGCCGCCUCAUCGCCUCAUGGACACCUGUGUCACCUCCAUCUAUGUGAAUUAAACCUUUGUCUUAUACGUGCAAAGACUUGUUGUGGCAAACAGUGUUGAUCACAUCCAUCCAGUAGGUACAACAUGGCAGGCUCUUGGGUGAAGAGAAAGAAAUAAGACUUGUUAACUCAGGGAAGCCACGCCCAGAGAUGAGGCUGUAGCCCAAUUCCCAUGAUUCAGUCAGAAUCCUUUGCUAGCAUCCUAAACCUUGUGUGUGUUUUUCCUACAGCUUAUGACUUUGACACACUGGAAUUUGUCCGUUCCCCUGGUCCGACUUUAGUGAGCCACAAGGCUCACUUUUAAUUCCCUUCCUUGUGCUUUUGAGUAGCUAAAGUUGAGGACAGAAAAAUCAUGGAGCAGUCGAUUGUAACUAAACUGGAAAGGGCUCUGCCCCCUAGAAGGUGUCUACUUUGAACAUGUGUAGCUUUUCAUAUUGUGAAAUCAACCAUGUGAUACUUAAUCCAAAGUAACCAAAGACAACUGGCAGAAGGUGUUUUCUGCAAAAUAAAGGCAAUA